GAGCCACAUUUCUGCCUCCCCAGAGUCCUCAGACCCUGGAUGUCAUGGCUGCUGUGUGUCGCUGCCUCUCCCUGCUGCUCCUGUCCACCUGUGUGGCUCUGUUGCUGCAGCCAAUGCUGGGUGCCUGGGGAGCUCCCCUGGAGCCAGUGUACCCAGGGGACAAUGCUACACCAGAGCAGAUGGCCCAGUAUGCAGCUAACCUCCGCAGAUACAUCAACAUGCUGACCAGGCCUAGGUAUGGGAAAAGAGACAAGGGGGACAUGCUGGAUUUCUUGGAAUGGGACUCCCCCCAUAUGUCUGCCUCCAGGGGGCUCAGCCCAAUGGACUUGUAGGGUCACCUCCUGUCUCCUGUGACUAUGUGGCAGUGCCAACUUAGCUCUCCCCUUGGUUCCCAUGGCUCUGGCCAAAAUGUGCUCCCUGCUCCCAAAUGGACUAAAU